AUGAUGCUUGUACACGUAAUCCCCGUCAUACCAAGACCACUGCUUAGUUCUCGCCAAGAAUCGACUAAGAAUCAACUAGCAAUCAACGAUCAUCUGCUAGUAUGCGAGAACAUCCAAAACACAGCUUGUCACCUCGACCUAUCAUACAAGGGACUUGCAAAGCAUGUCUUCAAGUACUCAGUACUCAGGCACAAUAGCAGCCUUCGCCGACCCAAUCUGUGCCUCGGCGUCGGAAGGAGGCAUAGCUGUUACAGGGGUGACCCAGGGCGGUUGUUUGUGACCAACGACAGCUCCAGCUCCACCAUCUGGACCCUUUGCGCCUGCAUUGAGAUCCGGAGUCGUGAAUGCGGUCGAGAGAUCCACCACUCGCACAGUAUCAAGCCUGGAAUCUGUGGCGUUCUCACGCGGCUAAUGUCCCGGUCGAGAUCCCUGUCUGCAAAUCCGCUCGCAGACACUGAAGAGUCCAGAGCGAUAGCCGUAGGGGGUGCUAGUACCGCUGUUGGCUCCACUUCCUCCGUUCGCACCCACAGAGCAUUCACAUUGGUCCGAAGUGACGUACCACCGCUUACGACCCAGCGUUUGUCAUGCAACCUCCUGGUGUCCUCCUCGAACCCACCGGGUCCUCGACAAGUACUUGAUCCAUCGAACGUUCCUUUCCCCCAUCCACCGCGCGAAAUACACACUGCCAGGGAGAUCUGCGAGUUAAUAGCCUAUGUUCCAGUUCUCCAGUUGGACGAAAUCAUUGCCAUGACCCGAUUAGCCUUGUUUUUCGAGACACCCCUCUCCCACUUCAACCUGGGUGCUGGGCGUGAAGAUAGAUUUGCAAUGGAGGAGAAGUUGGAAGCUGCGCCAGUGACGAGCAUUCUUGCAGAGAGCGAGGAAUAA